AACCUCUCUGGUGUCAGUGUUGGAUAGGGGGCGGUAAUGAGCAAACCAGGUCAUAGGCGACCCUUAAAACAUGGCGGCGACGACUGCUAGCUGAUGUGUCAAAUAUGCUUUAGCCGAAGAGUUUCAUAGAAAAGCAGCUUAUUUCUGUACAGCACAACUGAAUAAUAGUGUUUUAAUCUAUAUCUGGAUCGAGGACAUUGUAUCCAGCGCGCGUCUGACGGCGACUGUGCUGGGAGCAGUUCUGUAAAAGAACAGGUAUUAAUGGCAGCAGCUGGCCUGAAGUCGGCCGAGCAGAAAGGCGAAAAAAUGGGUCUGCCAUGUGAAAAAAACACAGAUGACCAGAUUAACCAUGAGAGUAAAGGAGCGACUCUGGAUUCAGAGCCGCAAAAGAUGGAGUCAGAGAUGCAAAUGGCUGGACAGACACCUGCCUCCCAGGUUCCCCCAGCUGUGGACCAGAAAAGCCAAGUUAAUGCCGAGGGAACCCAAAAGAAACAAGGAUCUAAGGCAAAGACCCCUGCCAAAAGGAUGAGAAAGGAGACCAUUCCACAGACUCCACAACAACAUGACAAUUCAGCAGUCUCUGAUACUUCUGAACUCACUUCUAGUGGUCGGCCCAAGAGGAGAGCUGCUAAAGUUGCUUUAGAUUAUCUUCACAACCUGACCAAGGAUCUCAGUACUCCAUCUACCAAAGUUAGGCCCAAAUCUGGUGAAUUGGACAGCACCUCCCAGAAAAAGAAUGCAGCAAAGGGAAGAGGGACGAAAAGGAAAACUCCAGAUUAUAACAGCGACUUGGAUGAUGAUGAGGAUUUUUCUCCAGGAAAGGAUGAAGAGGCAGAGAGCGAAGAUGAAGAAGAUUCAGAGCCAGACUUCAGCCUGAAGGCGGAGCGCAGAAGCAGACCAUCCAGACGAAAUUAUCAUUGUCUGCUUCCAAACGGCUUGGCUAACAAUGUCAUGGAGCCUAUCUUGAACUGUUUUAGUAGGACCAAAACUUUCCGGGAUGAAAACUUCUCCCCCUGGGUAUUUCCUGAGUGGAUUCCUUCUGCCAAAGAUUGGCAUUUCCUGUCUAACAGUGAGGCUGAAAAAUAUUUACCCCAAGAGAAAGAAUCUGCCUCUUUCACCUUUACGCGGGAAAGAAUCAAGGGAGGGAUCAAACUGCAAACAGUGAGAAGGUUUGAAUCAUUGCCACAUCAUUCUGAGCGCUGGGACGCUAUGUUCUUUGUUGGGGGUCCUGUGCGGUCCAUGGAGUGGUGCCCAUGUCCUGACGGGGCAGCAAAAAGACAGUAUGCCGCCAUCUACUGCCACAAAGGCAUGGAUGACAAACACAAAAUCAACCAGCUAUACUCAGGUCCUGUCUUACUGCAGCUGUGGAACAUCGGAGACCUUCAGUGUAAAAGCAGGCCCUCAACUGCUCCUCAUUUAGCGUACGCUCUGGCAAUAGAUGACGGAUGCAUCUGGAAUAUAAGGUGGUGUCCUUCAGGAGUGUGGGAGCUGCCCUCCACUAGCAGAAAGGCUCCACAAAUGCCUAGAUUAGGUCUUCUAGCAGCAGCUUUCUCUAAUGGAACCAUCGGUGUCUACAGUCUUCCACACCCAGAAGCCCUUGCAGCACACCAUCAAAGUAAAGGAGAAACCAGCCAAGCACCGCUGAUAUGCCGGGUGAAGAAGGUUCUUUCUUUGAAGAUGGGCUCCAACCAGGCAGAUCAUGAAGGUCAAAGUGGCCUGUGCUUUGCUAUGGAUUGGCUCCAUGUCAAACCACAUAACCUCUUGGCAGCUGGCUUCUAUGAUGGUCUGGUUGGUUUGUGGGAUCUUGCUAGUAAGUCUACGCUACUGAGAGUCAGGUCUCCAGAUGGAGUUGUGUCUCUCUACCCUUAUCACUGUUUUCACGCCCAUGACGAGAACAUCCGAACCCUGAGCUGGUGUAAAGCCUCUAGUAACUUGUUGGUGACGGUCGGAGAUGAUCGCAUGGCUAAAAUGUGGGACGUGAGGAAACCCUACGUGCCUCUUUUGGCAGUAAAGCGCUGCCUGACCCCUGAAGUGUACUGGCCCCUCUUUUGGAGCGGCAUCCUGAUGGCUCAAGAGUGUUGCUUUGCCACGUUUGGGCAACAUGGAGUCCAUUAUUUUGAUUCAGGUUACAUUGGAAUCAAGCCUUACUUUGUGUGUCCUAGAAAAGCCACUAUUUGGAGCCUUUCAAUGUCUGAUUGGAUAAAUACUUUUGCCAUUACGGACAAUGGAGGAGAUUGUUUAUUUACUAUGCUUCCUCGAAUGGAUAUUGACCCCAACAAUAUCAGACGACGGAGAUUUUCAGUGUACAGGACCGACAUGGUCCAGUUUGAACCCGGUCAGAGGUCUGAAGAUGAAGAACAGGAGGAGGACGAAAUGGAAAACGCUACAGAUAAUCCUGGGAAGGAGCCAUUGACCUACAAAGGAGCAGUCAAAAAGUACUAUCUCCACUUUCAUGACUUGGACCUGGGGAACUUUGCUAAGUGUGAAAAUCGGCCCAUGAUGAAGCACCUGCAUCAAAAUGAGGUCAAAGGUGUCGCUAAAGUUGACCAGAUGCCAUUGAGCGCACUCUACAAGGUCCGUUUUAACCCAAACAUGGAUGCAUACAACUGGAUGUUGUCAGGCGGUCAGUCGGGAUUGGUGCGUGUGCACUGUGCACGUGGACUGAGCUGCUCUGUCAUGUUCAAGCAGUUGCGUGAGGCUCAAGCCCAGUUCAGCGCCAUGUUCCAAUCUCAGGAGCCUGAUGACUCUGCCACAGCUGUUCGUCACAGCACAGCGGAUACAGUACAAGUGCACUAGUCUCAGCUCUAUCUUAAAAUGGAUUGUGACGUCAUAAUAGGCUGAGACUUUGGGACUUUUAUUUUUAAAUGCCUGAUGAUACGCCCACUUUUACUUAACUUAUAAUGAAAGAAGCAAAAUCUAUUUUGAUACAAGCCACUGUAUAUAUUUCCGUUUUUAUAUUUUUGUGCGUUUCGUUUUUAGCGCUGUACAGAGCUAUAAAAGCUGUACUUUUGAACUAAUUUGCACUGGUGUGAAGCUCAGACAGGAAGUUUGUGAUGUUUUUAGGUUAGUAUCAUUAUCUCAAAGUGUCGUCCUUUCCAAAGUAUGUGUGGACAAUGAAAUUUCGAUUAUGAGGAGCUAUAUGCUCCGUUUCCUUCCUGUUCCAGUUCAGUGUUAUAUUGUGAUCAAACAUCUUGAUAUUUAGUGCGAAAACACUGGACUGGAUCUUUGCUUUUUGCUAGCCUGUUCUCUUAUCUAUCAUAUCACAAUCUGUUGUUUUUACUUUUAGCAUUUCUUUUCCUGAAUCUAAAUUUUAAAGAAAUAGUUAACCCAAAAAUUUAACGUCAUCAUCAUGUCCUUCCAAACCUGUAUGACUUUAUUUCUUCCAUGAAACAGGAAGACAGAAAUUUUGAAGAAUGUAUUUGCAUAUUUUUCCAUUUAAUGAAAAUGUAAGGGCAUCCAAGCUCCAAAAUGACACAAAAGCACCAAAAUGUUUAUAUUCAUAAUUCUUCAGAAGCCACACAUUAAUUUUAUGUGAUGAGCAAACCAAAAAAUCUUCCCAUUCACUGUCCACAUCUACAUAUAUUGAAAUAUGCAGUUUUUAGAUACAAUAUGUUAAUUCCGACCUCAAUGCAAGGUGACCAAUCACUGACGAUUAAUUGUCCAAUCACAGUGCAGCAUUGUAAAUGAGAUGAGAGCUACAGUGUAGGACAAAAAUAAAUGUGAAUACCUUAAAUUUUGAUCUGUUUUUGUUCUUAGAGAAAAACUAUUGAAGUAUUUGAGUUGUAUGGACUUUUUUUUUUUCUGUAACUUUUUUUGACCGACCAGAUCCCCAUUCACAUACAUUAUAUGGAAAAGAUUACAUUCGUGAACAUUUCUCUACGGAAGAGGAUUAGGGCCAAGCAAUAAUACAAAAAUAAAACCAUCUCGAGAUUA